CUCAACUUUGGGGAACAGGUUGCUGGUGACUCACCCGAGUUCCCCUCAGAGAUCAGCCCUCCAUAAUGGACGGAACCUCUACAAAGGCAACAAUACCUUCCCAGGAGUAGCCUGUUUCUGCGAUUCAUCAAUGCAGGACGCGCAUUUCUGCCCGUUUGCUUUCAUCUGGAAUAAUUCUAAUGAGUCGGCCAGAGUCAUCUAGAGCCUCUGCCUAUUUCCAUUACGUCUUUACGGAUUUUUUUUUUUUAAGUUCUGGCUGUCUUGGAGCUCACUCUGUAGAUCAGACUGGCUUCGAACCCUUGAACUCAGAGAUCGGCUGAAGUGUGCACCACCACCCCUCAGCUUGUUUUACAGACCUUAAAGCAACUCCUAUGUCCCACGCCAAACCACAAUAAGCCUCCUUGCACACUAAUCUCCCUUUCAGUUUUUGAGGAACACAGCAUAUUAUUGAGUUCUGGUUGUUUUUUAUGUUAUUGUUGCUUGCUUUUUCUUCCAACAGUAUACAACUUUAAUACUAGCUUGUCAGUUGCGAACACCUCAGCUCCCAGAGCUGGAUCUUCGUUCCUCACACACUGCACACUGCAUGGUCACGCUUUUGGGUCUACUUCCUGCAGAUCGCAGCACGUACUGACCAUAGGAAUGAAUGGGAGGGUCAGGCCGGUCAGUAGGCGGGAACGGGAACCCACACCGGAACCGCAGCUCAAGGGCGUGGCCCUGAGUCCCCGCCCCGAGCCCGACAGAAGGCGGGGCUCCGGCACGCUGCAGCCCUGGCAAUGCAGCUGCCCGUGGUCCGGCUGGUGUGGCUCGGGCGGGCUCACUACUCCGAACUGCUGGCGCUGCAGGAGCAGUGGCUGCGGCGGCUGCAGGCUGAGCCUCGCCCGGGGGCCCCGUCGGGGACCGAGGCGGGCGCGCUCUUGGUCUGCGAUCCGGCUGGGCCCGUGUACACCGGCGGGCUACGCGGAGGCCUGACCCCCGAAGAGAUUACACGGCUGAGGGCCUUGGGAGCCGAGGUGCGCGCCACCGGCCGCGGCGGCCUGGCUACUUUCCACGGCCCGGGGCAGCUGUUGUGCCACCCUGUGCUGGACCUGCGGCUCCUAGGCCUGCGCCUGCGCACUCACGUGGCGGCGCUGGAGGCGUGCGCCGUGCGCCUGUGCGAGCUCCGGGGACUGCGGGGAGCCCGAGCGCGGCCGCCACCCUACACCGGUGUCUGGCUGGGCGAGCGCAAGAUCUGCGCUAUCGGAGUCCGCUGUGGAAGACACAUUACAUCCCACGGCCUGGCUCUGAACUGUUCUACAGACCUCACUUGGUUUGAGCACAUUGUGCCCUGUGGACUAGUUGGGACAGGAGUCACUUCCCUGAGUGAGGCGCUCCAGAGACUCAUCACUGUGGAUGAAGUAAUGCCAUCUUUCCUUGUGGCCUUCCAGGAGACUUUCAAGUGCACGUUAAUCUCUGAGGAUAGCCCCAGCUGACGGGCAUGGUGGUCCUGCGAUAGAACGCCCCUAGUCUGACUUGAGUCCCCAGAACCCCAUUCUAGAACUGCUCUGUGAUUUACUGACCAUGACCGAGGACAGAUCCUGAGCUCUGAGCUGUUGCUUCCUGGGUCUCCCCACCUACCUCAUGGAUCGAGAUGAAAACACUAUGCUUCCAUGUUUCUCGGCUUGGCGACACUCCAGUGUUAUAAACUGUCGUUUCUUCAUUACUUUCUCAGUGCUGUGUCUAACAUCGAUUUUGGUCCAUAGGUCUUUUGAGUUCUGUGGGAAUCAAAUCUCUGUGGCCCAGGUGCAGUGAUGGGAUAAAGUGAUUUCAUUCUCAAAAGACCUGGGUCUGUCUUCAAUAAAGAGGACAACCUCUUCAAAAAAUAAAAUGAGAUUUUUGCCUUUGGGGGUUGAAUCCCUCAGGUUUGA